AACAUCACAUAAAAGACGAUGGAAACUUCGUCUGCUAACUUUCGUCUCGUUUUGGCCGCGAAAUCAAACAAAAGCGAAUCUUCAACAUUUUACAGUGCCAUUUCAAUAAGCUAUUACAUUUAAAAUAUAAAACCUCAAUAUUGAUUUCGUGUGUUUUAAAAAUGCCAAGAAUAACUAGAAAGAAUUCAAUUAAAGAAAGUAUCGUAGAUGUUAGUUCAUCGCCAGAAAAGGAUACUAAAAGCAAUGCUAGAAAUGCAACAAUUUCUGCUGUCAAGACCACCCAUCCUGAAUCACAAUGUGUGAUGAUUGUCCCAGAUGGCAUGUUGAAUGAUAACCAAAGGGGUAUAGUGGUUGGAAAACUACGUAAUCCAAAAACAGGCACAGGAACUCUGUAUGCAUUUUCCCACAACAACACAAAACUUUACGAAAUGAAUCAAUUUGAUGAAAAUAAAAGAUCAUGGUUCAUUGAUAACUCUGUUCAAUCAGAUGGUUCUUUUUUUCUAACAACCACUAUAGAUCCAUUGUUCGUCAUCAUACCAUAUUUACAAAAAGCCAAACAUACAAGCCCUAUAGAUCAACUACUUGUUGAUGAAGAGUAUACGGAUACAGGAAAGUUAUCUUUGUGUUCCAAAAAAGAAGAUCUUGAAAAAAUUGCUGAUUGUAAACAAUCUGGAACUUUUCAAGCAUGGAAAUAUAAUGAAGGAAAAACCUUUGAUUGGCUAGGGAAAAAAGUGUCACGACUUACUCAACAUCUAAAAGACAAAAAUUUCAAUGUAACCCAAUCAUCAGCUGUAUCAUCAAACUAUGUAAAAACUGAUAGUGCAACGGUUCCAGAAAGUUUAUUUACGCGAUACGCAUUCGGGCUAAUAUCUGAAUACCUAUCCGACGAAUUGAGCGCAGCGUUGGAAAAACAUUUAGAACUGCCUGCUGUGCCCAAAUUUGCUAAUAACGAUGACGUUAAAGAGCCACCCGCAAAACGACAAAAGUUCGGUUCUGAUAUCAAAUCCGAGCCAACAGAGGAUUACAGCAAAGACCAGAAACCAUUUGUAAAAGAAAAAAUUCAAGUUUCAGCGAAAUCGAAAGCAUUAGCCAGUGCGGCGAAAGGAUCGAAGAGUAUAGCCUCCUUUUUUGGGAAGAAAUAGAGUAUGUGUCCUCGUGUGUCGUGUCCUAAUCUUUAUCGAACACCUUAUUUUUUUCUCGUUUCCUCUUUUUCUUAAUACAUACUCCCAUCUUUCAAAUUAGUAUUUGCUUUUCUAAAUUUGAAAUGGUUUACAUUGCCGUAAUUUUCUAUUAUUAGCGGCCGGGUUGCAAGCUUUCCCCUUUCAUGCUUCCAGCAUGUUUUUUUUUUUUUAAAUUUGAAACAAAGGUCUUCGGGUACCUUGCUAACGCAGGUAGCUGACAAUUUGGUUUAUUUUUUUCCGUCCGACUCUAGUUUUCCUCGUCCGUGGAUGCUAAGUGCUGUCACUAGGUGGCUAAAAAUUUCAGUGUGUUUAGGGAUUCAACUAUUCAGCCUGUGUUGGUAGAGGGAUGUACUGGAGGGGGGGUCACCACAGUUUUGAGACGAGAAACCAAGUGUCGUUCUUUUACUUCCGAGACGCUGACCGAGAAGGUUACUCUAGUCAUUAUUGCUGGGUACUUUCAUUCCUGAAAUUGUUCUUCAUAAAAUAAGGUUGGUGGAGAUUGUUCUCAAUGUGGAAUGCCAAAUCAACAAGAUGAGAUAAGAUCCCAAGCUUCUGAUGAUUCCUCUACCAUGUUGUGAGAUGAAAAUGUGCACACUAGGCAAGCUGAAAUGAAUUUACUCGAGUUGGGCCUAAAAUUCAUGAUUUAGAAGCAAUUUGACAACUACCAACUGUUUCAAAUAAGCAUUUGUGAAAAGUUUUGAUCACCUUGGGAAGAGUUACAAUUUGGUUUAUUUGAGAAUUUUUAUUAAACAGCUCAAAUUAUCUAUUUUAUAAUUUUGAUAUUUUAUUGGUUUAUUAAUGUACUUUUGGCUUUUGCUUUGCAGGUUUCAUUGGUUAGAGAAAGUUUGAGCUGUUCAUGGUGUUUGGUGUGGCAGUCAUUUUCUGAUUGAGAGGUGCACUGAAAUGGAUCUUCUACAGACUUGCAGUUCAACAUCAUACUUCAAUUUACCAUGUUGGUGUCCAUGCAGAGUUGAGCUGUUGUGCAAAAUAAUAGGUGUUGCCUGAUGGCUUUCUGGCAAUUUGUUGGUGUAUUCUUCUGCUACCUGUAUCAAUGUUGAGUUCAAUCGAUCGGCGCCGUUCCGGACUUGAUCCAUUGGUGAAGCUAAGAAGAGGUUGCUGAACUUAAUGUGGUGCUGAACUUCAAGAGAUUGAUAAAUUAUUCAGUCUUAGAGAUUUUUCAAAUUCACAUCUGUUCUCUCUUUCCCCAAGUAAACAAAAUUUCCUCUUAGGUAGUUGUGUGGAUGGGUAAUUGCAAUAAGAUUUUAUAUUUUCUAUGAGAAAGUUCAGUUAAACUUAAAACCAUAAACUCUUGUGUACUGAUUAACUUACAUCUACCAUAACAAACCUGAAAUAAUACCACCUUGUUAUAAAAUAAAUUAUUGAAAUCAUAA